AGCGUGUAUGCGACGCUUGCUCUUUUUGGUGUCGAAUCGACGAAUUGGGCUCUCUACAUCACCCUAGGUCCCUAACAUUGCUAUUUCUGGUCGCAGAAAGAAAACCCUAAAACCACAAAGAGAUUCAAAGUGAGAAAGAGACGGAGAAAGGGAGGGAAUUGGGUGGAUUUAAAAGGAGUUGUGGGUAACGAUGUCUGCAACAGGUGCCGGUGCCGGUGGUGGUGGUGGUGGUGUUAGUGGUGGUCAAGAGGAGGACAAGAAGCCCAUGGACCAGCACAUUAAUCUCAAAGUCAAGGGCCAGGAUGGCAAUGAGGUGUUCUUUAGGAUUAAAAGAAGCACCCAGUUGCGGAAACUCAUGACUGCAUACUGUGAUCGUCAAUCUGUAGAGCUCAACUCUAUUGCAUUCUUGUUUGAUGGGCGCAGACUUCGAGCAGAACAGACUCCGGACGAGCUUGAGAUGGAGGACGGUGAUGAAAUUGAUGCAAUGCUUCACCAAACUGGGGGUGGAAACUGCCAUUAACUUCAGAUCGGGCUCUAUGUGGAUCCUGUGGCAUGGAGAGUUUAUGCCAAGUGCAAAGUUUCUUAUCUUGAUUUAACUAUGGAAAUAUUUAUGUAAUUAGCAAUGGAUCCGAUGCUGAAGUGAAAAAAGUUGAGUUGAGGUAUUAUGUACCGAUGAUACUUUGGACUUUUAAAUGCUUUGUUGUUGUCUUUUGGUACUACAAUAUGCUGUGAGCUAUUUUGACUCUCUCUCUCCUGUGUGUAUGAUCACGUUAUUAAUUUCUCUAAAGGCCUUCGGGGUUCCCUCU